AUGAUUGUGAGUUUCGAUGAGACGUUCGUGAAUACCAUUGAAGAUAACGAAACGUUGUGUGAAAUCCGAGAGCACGUGCUUCGAGUGUUCACCGAUAAGCGUUUAUUCGACACAUGCGAUGUGGAAGACAUUUACAGAUUAUUUACAUUUUUGCCUUCUUUGUUUAAACAUUCGCAUGUCGCUCGAGAUGGAAAUGCGUAUGAAAGAUUUAUCUACCUGCUUUUCGAUGCUCUCGCAUGCAUUAUCAACACUUGCUACGAGGAAGCUCGCCCAGCCAAACUGCGCCGUCUGUUUCAACCAGCCCAUUAUGUGAUGUGUAAAUUCAUGUUGCAUCCAAUUGAUGCUGAACGAUGCACAAUCAAAAACACGAGGGUUUUAGAACUCGUAAGAGCUAUCAUCAAGGUAAUUAAAUCUGGUAAUUGGAUGCAGCAAAUUAAAACCGCCUCCUAUUAUGACAUCAGUGAGAUUGCCGAAUUGAUUACGCUUUUAAAAAAUAUGUGCUACUACUCCGAUCCUGCGAUCUUCGAACCUGAGCGUGCACCCGAGGAAUUCACCCUUCCAAUUGGUGAAAGUCUUCCAAGCAAGUUGAAGCCGAUUCUCUCAAAAAAUGAGCUUAAAUACAUUGAACAAAGCCAAAUCUUCAAUUUGAGUGCCGAGAUUGUAUGGACUGGUGCGAAACACAACUACAAUAGUCAUUUUGUUGAUGUUAUGGAUUUCUUACUCGAGCGAGUAACCAAUAAAUUGGUGAAUGAUAUUGAAUUGAUAAUAAUUCGAGAUUUAAUUUCUGAUGAUAAGGAUGUGCGAAAACAAGCAGAAGAGGCAUUUCAGAAUAUCAAGAGAUCGAAAAAAUUGAAUUGGAAUAAUGUCGUUUGCUGUUCAGGGAGAACCAAGGCGAAUAUGGAGGAUGAGGAUUCACUUCUAGAUGCCGUCGAAGAAAAUGCAGAAAGAGAGAGUCCAAUAAUAGCUCAAGAACGAGACACUCAGUCGCCUCAUAAUGCAGAAAAAUCGAACACGGCUGAGCAUGAAAGCGACGACGAGAACCCAAAUGACGCAUUAGACUAUAACGAGGAUCCCGACGACGACGACGAUAAUGAUGAUGAUGAUGACGGAGAAGUGAAAUCUGAUGAAGAGGAAGAAGGUGCCGAGGAGAAGAAUAAGAAUGAGCAACUGGAAGAGGGGGAACUUGAAGAUGGUGAACUUGAGGAUAGUGAUGAUAACGAGAAGAAUGAGAAAAGUGAUGGCGAAAUAUCGGACCAUGAAGAUGUAAUGGAAAAACGGCAGCAAAGAUUCGGAAUUCAGAAACCAUCGAUAGAGUCGCGUUUGUCGAGACCCGUCGAAAGUCGUAAUCGGGCACCGGUUCGCGGAAUUCCGCCACCGGCUGUGAGUCGGAGUCGGCCAACCAUGACAUCAUGGGAAAAGGGAUUACUCGACGCGAAGAAUCGCAUACAAACUGCCUCCGCUAUUCGCCAAGAAGACCCCGAUUUCGAGCGGAAACGAUUGCUGGCUGCGCCAACCGGCGAACGAGAAUAUGGAAGACGCGCCGAGUUUUCGAGCGAUGAGGGUAUUACGACCAGAGAGGACCGCAGUAUAUCUCCUUUUAAAGACGAUGCUCAUCGAAAAUCGAUUCCAUCGCUGUUGACCAUUCGAACAAGUCCGCCACCAGUGCCUCGAAGAAGAAGACCGCACGAUGGUGAUCGAUUUGAUUUGGGUCCUCAAACGAUUUAUCCUUCUAAUAAUCGCAUUAUGCGAAGAGAUGGUGGAAGGCCGGUGCGAUCUGAUGAAAGAAGGCAUCUCCCUAGGGAGCGCACGGUUUCUUCGCGCCGCUCGCCACAUUCUUUGCUUUCCCCGAAACGCACUUCUGGAUCGCCGUCAGUUCGAGGAAUCAGCUUCUCACCAACGAGAGACGCGUCGCCGAUAAGCAGUGAUUCUGACGAAGAAGCCAUGAAGAGGAAACCAAAGCGAUCAUCAUCGUCAUCAUCUUCAUCGUCGUCGUCGUCUUCGGCUUCGUCGUCGAAGGAAUCGCCGAAAGCAACAAAGGUGUCUGAAUCAUCGGCAUCGGAAAGCGAAGGCUCGAAGAAGCGGCCGCCGAAGGAGCAGUAUGGCUACAGCGAGUCAUGGGUGAAAAAGAAGAACAAUAACAGAUCGCCGAUGUCGUCUCUGUCGCCGGAUCGUUCAAGAUCUCGCAAUCAUCGCGGACGCGACUCCUCGUCGACUCCAUCGCCGGAUCGUGUGCAUCGUCAAAAUCAGCGUCGUCAGCGGAAGCAUAUGAAGCGAAGGACGGGAAAUGUGGAGUUGUCGCCAAUCCGACGAUCGCGAACUCGAUCACCGCCGCCGUAUCCAUCCGGAAUGCGGCCGACACGCGAGCGAAAGCGUAGCACCUCGCCGAACAGCAGCCAAGUGAAUGAUAUUCACUCGUAUCGAAUUCCGAAACGAAAUAAUAGCGGACGCGAUCGUCGGCCAUCGGAUCGAUCGAGCGGAUCGCGCAAAAUCAACAAUGGCGAGACGGUGCCGCUGUUUUUGGCGAAUGCUAGAGGUCAGAAUGGCAAGAAUCGGAAAAUGAGCCCGAUUCGCGAUGGGAAACGAAGAGGCAGUGAGACGGUGACGAGAAGCGAUCGUAGUCGACAUGAAGCGAAGAAGUCGAAAGUUGAAGAGGUGAACGAUGUGAAUGGUGAAGAGAAUAGAUCACGCGGUCGUUCUCGUAAAAGCUCGUGCUCUUCGUCUUCAUCGUCGUCAUCAACGUCUUCGUCAAGAUCUUCAAGUUCGAAUUCGAGCCGCAGCAAUUCUCCGGCGCUUCCUGCCAAGUAUCGAACAACGGCUUCCGCCGAAGAUCCAAGCGACGGCGAAUCGAAGAAGGAAUUGGAAUCGUCGGCGUUGAAGAAACGCAAGAAGUUUGAAGCAUCGCCUUGUCGGAGCCCUCCAUCUCCAUCGCCAAAGCGAUCGAAGUAUGCGGAGCCGGUGCCGCCGCCGCCGGAAGAACCGGAAUCGCCGAGAGAGUCGUCGUCGCCGGUUCCGCCGCCGCCAGCGCCGCCGGUUUUUGAAGAAGACGACGAUGAUGAUGAGAGCGAGAAGAAGAAACGAAUGGACGCGAAACGAAAGAAAAUGGAGCGCGCCGCUUUAAGAAAGCAGCUUGAAUCGAUAAAUUCGAAACUGCAAAUACCGCCUGAAGAAGCUGCGGCUUCAUAG